CUGCAUUAUGGGGAGCCCUAAGUAGGCACCUUUAACCUUGAGCCUGCUCGCUAGCGACCUCCAGAGGGCCAGGAUGGUUUGGGACCGGUGUGAUAGAGCACUUUUCUAGUUUUAACGACUCUAUUUGCAUAACGGAGUCGGCGCUUCCUCCCGCCGGUCUGCAGGGCUUUUCUUCCCUCCUUCCCGGUCUUCGGUACCCACAUUUGCGGUCCUUCUCUGCUUCCGAGAAGAUCCCUUCUCAAGGAGCUUGAGUCCCGGGCUCUUCUCCCUCGGCCCGGCGAGAGGCACCUGGAGGAGUGGAGUUGAGCUUUGGAGGAGGGGAGCCGCCCUGGCUUUGCCCGACCCUAACAAAGGGAAUCGGGCUGCGCGCCGCGCGAGCGCUCGCUGGGUUCAGCGACCGCCACCGCCUUCCCGAUUGAGAGAGCUGCAAGGGUAGAGCCAGCUGUGCCAAGCUCUGAAACCGGUGGCCGAGAGAGAAGCUAUCAGUGCCGGGGAAGUCAACUGAAAUGAACUGGCCCCCUUGAGCCUUCCCCAAAUACCUGGUCCCCACUUUCCAGCCCGAUGCUGAGGCUGUCCUCUGCACUGUUGCCAAAGACUCAGUACCUUUCAGAAGCAGUCUAUAGUCCUCCUGGACAUAAGCCUCUUUCCUUCAGGGACUUGGUUUUCCUUCUUGAUGCUGAUGCAGGUGGAGAAGAUCUUCCUCUGAGGACUGAGGAAUCUUUGAGAGAUGGUUUUUGAUUAUCCUGAGAAAAAUGAGCCUUGGCCUCCAGACCUAGGAAAGUAAACUCUUUCCCAUGGAGAGCAGUGCUGGCUCCUGAGGACCUAGAGGGCCUGCAGCCCCAGAGGGAUUAGCCAGAAGCAGGAUUAGUUCCUGCUCCCAACAGUGGCUCUCCUGCCCGCACCAUUCAUUAUGAUUCAUACCAACUUGAAGAAAAAGUUCAGCUGUUUCGUCCUGGUCUUUCUCCUGUUUGCAGUCAUCUGUGUGUGGAAGAAAGGGAAUGACUAUGAGGCUCUUACAAUGCAAACCAAGGAAUUCCAGAUGCCGAAGAGCCCGGAGAAGGUGGCCAUGGGACCUGCUUCCCAGGCUGAGUUCUCAAACAGCAAACAAGACCCUCAGGAAGGCAUUCAAAUCCUCAGUUACCCCAGGGUCACGGCCAAGGUCAAGCCACAGCCCUCCUUCCAGGUGUGGGACAAGGACUCCACAUACUCAAAAGUUAACCCCAGGCUGCUGAAGAUCUGGAGGAACUAUCUGAACAUGAACAAAUAUAAAGUAUCCUACAAGGGGCCGGGGCCAGGAGUCAAGUUCAGCGUGGAAUCGCUGCGUUGCCACCUUCGAGACCAUGUGAAUGUGUCUAUGAUAGAGGCCACAGAUUUUCCCUUCAACACCACUGAAUGGGAGGGUUACCUGCCCAAGGAGAACUUUAGAACCAAGGCUGGGCCUUGGCACAGGUGUGCUGUCGUCUCUUCUGCGGGAUCUCUGAAAAACUCCCAGCUUGGUCGAGAGAUUGAUAAUCAUGAUGCAGUCCUGAGGUUUAAUGGGGCACCUACAGACAACUUCCAACAGGAUGUGGGCACGAAAACUACCAUUCGCUUAAUGAACUCUCAGUUAAUCACCACAGACAAGCGCUUCCUUAAGGACAGUUUGUACACUGAAGGAAUCCUAAUUCUGUGGGACCCAUCUAUGUAUCAUGCAGAUAUUCCAAAGUGGUAUCAGAAGCCAGACUACAACUUCUUUGAAACCUAUAAGAGUUACCGAAGGCUUCACCCUAGCCAGCCCUUUUAUAUCCUCAAGCCCCAGAUGCCAUGGGAACUAUGGGACAUCAUUCAGGAAAUCUCUCCAGAUCUGAUUCAGCCAAAUCCUCCAUCCUCCGGCAUGCUGGGUAUCAUCAUCAUGAUGACGCUGUGUGACCAGGUAGAUAUUUACGAGUUCCUCCCAUCCAAGCGCAAGACGGACGUGUGCUACUACCACCAAAAGUUCUUUGACAGUGCCUGCACGAUGGGAGCCUACCACCCGCUCCUCUUCGAGAAGAACAUGGUGAAGCACCUCAACGAGGGGACAGAUGAAGACAUUUAUUUGUUUGGGAAAGCCACCCUGUCUGGCUUCCGGAACAUUCGCUGCUGAGCAUGUGUCCCUACCCAGGCACCCUCAGUCUUCUCCAUAAGUCAUCGUAUGGCCACUCUCCUGGUCCCCACCGCUUGAAGGAGUGGUUUUAUUCAACAGUCCCAGCCUGCUUCUUGCACUCUAGGGGGUUUUGUUGGUGAGAGUUUUGGGGCCUCCACAGCCUAAUGGUAAGGAGGCAGACCCAGCCUUCCCUGCAGCCACAGAGUAUGGGAGGCCAGAUUCUUGCCACACGCAUUCCUUCUAGACAGCAUCCUCCUCUCCUUCCACAUGGGUAGGGGAAGAAAGAUGCACAUUUCUCACCAGGGUUGCCAAAACUAGACUUUGUUUUUCCCAGCCGAAUGAUGCCAUCCUCACAAAGGAGCGCCCUCUAUGGCUUGAAAUCUCCCCUAGGUAUUGAUUUCACAUCCUAAAGAAAGUCUCCCAAAUCAUGAUGGUGUCAGAAGCAGGAUGGCCUCAGGGAGGAGAAGCAAAUGAUUGGGACAGGAUGGGGAAAUGUACUCAGUUACUCUAGAGUAAAGUUGUUCCCCUUGGGACAUAGCCCCGCUGUCACCCUGUCUGGAUAGGCUGACCCUUCAUCCUGGAUGCUUAUGAGCAAAGGAUCUUGGGUAGCCCUCUUCCCACUCCCUGUGGAGACGCAAGCUACAAACCCUUCCACCUGACCCCGACCUGAUCAGAGUUGAGUGGAAGAAAGAGAUGUCUAACAGGCAGCUAGAAUGUGAACAUUCCAUGUACUCAGUGAACUGGGCUCCUCUCUAAGAGCCCGCUGUCUGAAUACCUGGGAGGGGCUGGCUCUACUGUGUUCUUGUAGAUGCAGCACUUAGAGGAAGAAGAGAGACAUACGAUCUGCAUCAGAAGACCUGUUUUCAUUUUCCCCUUUAUCACUGAUCUUACAUUCUGUAGGACCUGUUAGAACAUGGAGGCCCAAGGUAUUUUUGUUAGGAAGUCCUACCCACAUUGGCACCAAGUGCUGCCCCACAGUAGACAGCAGGUUAGUCAGAUAGACUGGGGCUCUUAUUUUAUUUUAUUUUUUCAAGUGUCUACUCCCUUACCAUCUCCUAAUUGCUAUCCCUCCUCUCCCUUACAGUAGGCUUCCCUCCCAAAUUACUUUUAAUCAUUUUCUGUUUGGCAAAUACCCCAACUUUCACUGACCUUAUGGGCCCACCAUGAAAGGUCUCUCAGGGCAUGGGGAAUAUGUUUUCUGGGACUUAGGUUAGAAUCUUAAUCAUGACUGAUUCUCACAAGGGGUGAGGUGUAUGAUCAUAGAUUGCCCUGCCCUCACCCCUGCAAGGGAGUGACAUUGGUCUCUGGGCAGGAAGCACCCACCCUGUUUGACAAGCAUACUCUCACAAGGAUUUUCUGAGACCUCUUGACCUGGUGGGAAGCCACAGCAGCCCACUCAGCCCCUGGCAUGGAGUGGUUCAAUGACUUAUGGUUAGAAUUAAGGUUAUUGAACCCAGGCCACUAAGACACCAUCUGCUGGAUUCCCAAGGCUGGCCUCUGUGCUCACAGGGCCUCAGUGUUUCGAGCUGCAGACCCACUGUCUUAGAGCUCAGAAUCUUGUUUACUGCUGACACCUUGCCUUAUACGGGCAAUAGAAAGCCCGGAGGAAAAGGCCCUGGGUUUCCAGGUUGACCCCCAUUUCCUCACUGUGCCACUUUGUUUCCAUACCUGUAAAAUGGGGGUGACAAUCCUACCUCACAAGGCUGUGUGGGGACUACAGGAAAGCACGUGGCUGGGCUGUGUCCACAGUGCACAGGAAGUAGGUACUCUGCUGUCCUUCCUUGUUUCCUUACAAGAAGACCUACUUGGUGACCACACCCAUGCUGGGCCUUGCUGCAAGGGAGGGCAAUGGAGAGGAAUUGGGCAUCCUUUCUGUUGUGAGACGACUGCGUCAUUUGCAACACACAGGAGCCUACCUCUGCCUGCACCUCAGGGUGCACAGAGCAUUGGGCUGCUUGGCCCCUGUGUGGUAUUGGUCUAGGAAAUUCCUGGCUCGAUUCAAGUUCUGAUCUCAUGCGCUCACCAUAAGGCAUCAGGACUGUGGAUGGAGUGCCCAGCAAACUGACAUUUCUUCUGUCAGCAAGAGGUACAUUAGAGAUGGAGACUACACUGGGUAGAUUCUAGUUUUUAAUUCUUAUUAAAUUGGGGGAAUAAAUUAAUAAGUGUAAUAUGAUUCUGAUGUCUAUUAGACUUUUCUCUGUUCUCUAUAAAUGUGGGCUACAGAGUGGAUGUGGGCAUCACUGUUAGUCUGGCGACGUGUUUGGUAUUUGUGACAGGUAGUUUAAAAUCUGCGACUGAAUGUUAUAGAAAAACGUCUGUCUACGUGGACGCUGACGUCAGUAGCCAUCUAUGCAUCCUAAAUGCAGGAUCCUCUUUCUUCUGCCAAUCGAAUCUAUUGUUGCUCUUGGUUCCGGGUUUGUGUCAGAAACUUUUAAAACAUACCUGUUAAUUCUAAAUUAUCCAAAGAUUAUGUGCAAAUUUUAAAAUAAAUAUCUUUUUCAGAAA